AAGUGGGAAGUAGGAUUUGUACUUGUCUAUGUUUGUAAUAAGUCUCCUGAGAGCAUGUUUUAUAAUGUAAUGCGCGCAUCUGACUUCCUAACUCCUAUGGGCUUAAUUUACGUAACAAAUGAAUGUUCCUUUUUCUUUUUUAAAGCUUCUAAAAGAGGAAAUCAGUAGGCUGUCGCCAAGUAGCUUGUUUCAUAUAUUGUACAGGAAAUGGAAUGAUUGCUUAGAGCUGCUGAUCACUGCAGAGUAACCCUCAAGUAACGAAGGAACUUCAAGAUUUGUUUCCAGUCCAAAUUGAUGGUUAAGAUAAACCGGAAGAACAUUACAUGCUCAGGACGACAUGUGUGGCAGCACAGCGAAAGCCACAAACCAGCCAGGGGGCUGGCAAGACCCAGCCAGAUGUGUGAGCAGUGCUGUCUCUGGUGCUGGGAGGACUUACAAGAAGUUUUUUCACACAAAGAUUCAAAAAUGUACCUGGUUGGGCAGGGAUACCAAUCACAUGGAACUGGACAACAGUUGGUCCUGUUCAGAGCUGGACCUGAGUGAGAUUCGCCUGAUAGUUUACCAGGACUGCGAGAGGAGGGGCAGACAAGUCUUGUUUGAUUCUAAAGCUGUUCAGAAGAUUGAAGAGGUGGCUGCCCAGAGAGCAGAUGGGCCCAGCAGAGUGCCGGCUCGAAGCCGUCCAGGAAGCAGCAGUGGGGGUGCGGACGUCUGCGCCAGCAGCUCUGGGGCGUCUUCACACCAUGCCAAGGAGCCGCUUCCGAAGUACCAGUACGCAAGGCCGGCCUCCGAUGUCAACAUGCUUGGAGAGAUGAUGUUUGGCUCAGUCGCCAUGAGUUACCAAGGCUCCACGCUAAAGAUACACUAUAUCCGCUCCCCUCCACAGCUGAUGAUCAGUAAAGUCUUCUCUGCUAGAAUGGGCAGCUUCUCUGGAAGCACAAAUAACUUGCAAGACAGCUUUGAGUACAUCAACCAAGAUCCUCAUUUGGGAAAACCAAACACAAACCAGAAUAGUUUGGGCACGUGUCGCACUGGAAGUAACCUAGGUCUGCUGCAGGCCUGCAGCAGCAAGCUGCUCCUGGGGGCGGCUGAAGGAGGACCUCUCCGGCUCACCCGGAGUGCUUCUUUCUUUGCAGCACACAGCACCCCGGUUGACAUGCCAAGCCGAGGACAAAAUGAAGACAGGGAUAGUGGAAUUGCUCGAUCAGCCUCGCUGAGCAGCCUUCUGAUCACGCCCUUCCCAUCCCCCAGCACCUCUGUGUCAUCCUCCAGCAGCUACCAGCGCCGCUGGCUCCGGAGCCAGACCACAAGCUUGGAGCACGGCGUCUUUCCGCGGAGGUCAGUGGAUGAGACAUUUAGCUUGGCUGAAGAGGCCUGCAGUUCUAAUCCAGCCAUAGUUAGGAGGAAGAAAAUUGCCAUAAGCAUCAUCUUUUCCCUCUGUGAGAAAGAAGAAGCGCAACGGAAUUUCCAGGACUUCUUUUUUUCUCAUUUUCCUCUGUUUGAAUCUCACAUGAACAGGCUGAAGAGUGCAGUUGAAAAGGCCAUGAUCUCCUGUCGGAAGAUAGCAGAAUCAAGUCUGCGUGUCCAGUUCUAUGUCAGCCGCCUGAUGGAAGCCCUGGGAGAGUUCAGAGGGACCAUCUGGAAUUUGUAUUCAGUGCCAAGGAUCGUUGAACCAGUGUGGCUCUCCAUGACGUCAGGCACCCUGGAAAAAACCCAGCUCUGCCAGCGCUUCCUCAAGGAGCUCACGCUGCUCAUAGAGCACACCAACAAAAACCAGUUUUUCGCGGCCCUACUGACUGCAGUGCUGACCUACCACCUGGCCUGGGUGCCGACCGUUGUGCCUGUGGACCACCCGCCCGUCAGAGCCUCCUCUGAGAAGCGUGCCUCCCAGUCAGUGAGCGCACUGGCCAAGACGCACCCAUACAACCCUCUCUGGGCCCAGCUGGGUGACCUCUAUGGGGCCAUCGGCUCUCCAGUGAGGCUGACCCGCACCGUGGUGGUGGGGAAGCACAAGGAUUUGGUCCAGCGCAUUCUGUACGUCCUGACCUACUUUCUCCGUUGCUCUGAGCUACAAGAGAACCAACUGACCUGGAGUGGGAAACACAGUGACGGGGACCAGGUUCUCAAUGGGAGCAAGAUUGUUACUGCCUUCGAGAAGGGAGAGGUGGAGGAGUCCGAGUACGUGGUGGUCACGGUGAGCAACGAGCCUGCUCUUGUGCCUCCUGUGCUACCACCCAUGACAGCCAAGAGAGGAGGCCCUGGCCCCCCAGGGUCAGCCGGGACCUCAGAUGGCACUGACAUGAGAGACCUGGUUCCCAGCCCGGACAGAGAGGGGAACAGGAGGCUGAAGCAGAGCACCGAGGCUUGUGGCACAGGGUCCCCAGGGCCCCCACUGGAUGAUGCCUGGCCCCUGCAGGGUGCAUUUUGUGGGGGUAGAGACAGCAAGGAAGCAGCACCUCCAGCUGGCACCUCAGGACCUCCCUGCUGUCAGUUUACAGGGGUAGGAAGAAAAGCUGACCCCCAGACAAUGGGGGAGGAGAUGCCCAAGAAAGGACAGGAGCGGUCCACAGCCCAGCCAUGCCCAGACAGACACUCCUGGGAGGGGCCUCCUGUAGGAAAAGUCACUUUCCAGAUCGGCAGCUCUGUGUCCCCCGAGUCUGACUGUGAAAGCCACACUAGAAACAUGGACGAGAGGCUGAAGGACUACGGGCAGCACUUGGGGGCAGCUGGUGCCUCGGAGGCCUGGGACCGACGGGAGUCCAGCAGGGGCUUUGCUGAGGAUACAGGCGUUGCUGGGCAGCUCCGCCAGGCUGCUUGCCCAUGGGCACCCCCCAGCCUUGCCACAGGAGCGGGAAAGAUGCUGGACUCGGGAGGGCCUGCACUGGCACCUGCUGCGGACAGGUGUGUUCCACGGGACCUGGGCCCCCUGGGAGCUGCUGCUGUCCCCCAUGGGGAUGCCAAUAGGAAGGCUGCCUUCAGGGUUGAAGGAGCCCUUCCCAGAAACAACAGCUCUGACAGCGCUCUGGGCGACAGUGACGAUGAGGCAUGCUCUUCAGCCACACGAGAUCCAAGUCACAAUGGUGAGAUUGCAGAAACAUCCUCAGAAGUGGAGCUGCCUCUGCCCAGGUCUCAGAGCAUCAGCAACCCAAGUGUGAGGAACUUCGGCCGCUCCCUUCUGGCGGGUUACUGCCCUGCAUACGUGCCGGACCUGGUGCUUCAUGGGACCAGCAGUGAUGAGAAGCUGAAGCAGAGCCUGCUGGCUGAUCUGGUCCACGCGGUACAUCACCCAGUGCUUGAUGAGCCCAUAGCCGAAGCUGUGUGCAUUGUCGCAGACACUGACAGGUGGAGCGUCCAGCUGGCCACAAGUCAGAGGAAGGUGGUGGACGGCGUAAGGCUGGGUCAGGACGUCCUGGUCUCCAGUCAGGUGUGCAGUCUGCUCCAGUCUAUUCUGCAGCUUUACAAGCUUCACCUCCCUGCCGAUUUUUGCAUCAUGCAUCUAGAGGACAGGCUGCAGGAGCUGUACUUGAAGAGUAAGAUGCUGUCCGAGUACCUCCGGGGACACGCACGUGUGCACGUGAAGGAGCUGGGCGUCGUGCUGGGGAUUGAAUCCAAUGACCUGCCUCUGCUGACUGCUAUUGCCAGCACGCACUCACCUUGUGUGGCUCAGAUACUCCUGUAGGCCAGUGCUCAGGACAGCUCUUCCUGGGAAGAAGGAAAGCAGAUGGUUCGCUGAAGGAGAAAGGAGCUCCCCGCAGCAAAGCAGAGGGGAGCGGCUGCCGCAGCCGUUGCCCACACCUGGCACCACUGCUUCCCAUUGGAAGGCCUGGGUUACUCGCCACAGUGGUGACUGGCACUUCCCAGAGUCUCCACUGCCUUUGGUUACCUGUGAGUCAGCAGAGUGGACCUGCUGGUGGAGGGAGCGCAGCACCACACGAGGGCCUGGGCAGGCUGGACACCUCGUGACCGUCCAGUGGGAAGUGUCUGCAUCCAAGCGUGAACGCUGCUCACUGGAAGAGCAGCGUGCAGCGUAGUGAGCCAGCCGGACGGGCUUGGGUUCCGGGUCCACAGGCGGGACGAAGAAAGCCUGGCAGCAGGUGUAGGUCAGUGGCUGCAGCGGCUGCUGCUGACCAAGGUGCGAAGGGAACGUCAUGCCGGGACCCUCAGAGUUGACCUGGCUCCACACGCAGUGCAGGGAGGUCAGUGGUGCACUGCUGGUGCAUAGACCGAAGAGCCCGCCUGGCAGCCUCCGCCCGCAGGCGUGGGCGUAGCAGCCGCAGAGCGCGGGCCGACAGUCGCAUCUGUUUGCGUGUGGGGUGCACAGCCUCUGCAGGGGAGCCGCUCACCAAAGGUGUAUCUGUGUGCUGGAGUUCGCCGAGUUCCUCCCACACAGCCCUCCCUCCUGUCAUGGCUGCGUCUGCCUAAGGGGCACAGUUGUCUGCAGCAGUGUGGUAAGGACUGCAGU